GUUGGAAAUCAGGUGAAGAGGACUUCUUCGAAGAGACGACGUAUUAUCUAUCAUCGAAUCGGAAUCUAAGGUUUAGGAUUUGGAGAAACAGAAAUGGCGUCAGGGUGGGGAAUAACGGGAAACAAAGGGAGAUGUUAUGAUUUCUGGAUGGAUUUCAGUGAGUGUAUGUCUCACUGCAGAGAGCCUAAGGAUUGUUCUCUUCUUCGUGAAGACUACCUCGAGUGUCUUCACCAUUCCAAAGAGUUCCAAAGAAGAAACAGGAUUUACAAAGAGGAGCAGCGUAAACUAAGAGCUGCUUCAAGGAAAGGUGAAGAAACGGGUGAUGCUCCCACUAAUACUCAUCACUAAUCAAACAUUUUUCUCCUCCAAGUGUUUUGCAUCUGAGAAGAAUAGAAUAAGGAGAGAGGUUCGUCAAAAUUGUGUGUCAAACUCCAUUUUGAUUGUUUACAGUUUGCUUCUGCAUUGAGAAUACUCUUUCUCUCUCUCUUUUUAUUUCUUUCUCUGUUUUACCUUUGAUACUGAGUUGUAAUAUGGCCUUUAGCCUGUUCAAUCUCACACACACUCCUUCCUUCAUGGUAAUAAUUCAAAACAGACUAGUCGAUGGAUUACCCCUCUCUGCAAUUUAUCUC